GUUAGUAAUUCUUUUUUAACAAGUUCUUGUGUUGUGUGAUAUUCAGUUUUUUUUGUUCAUAUAUUUUUGUUGCCGGGCUGUUUACUCGUCUUCCAUAUGUAUUAUGUAUGUAAGAUAUAGGUUUAAGGAUCAUGGAUUAUUCGUUGGGGAAAGAGAUCAUUUUUACCACAUUAAAACAACCACUGGAUAAUGCAGAGAGCUCCAAAGAUGAAUCUUUACCUCUCAAUGUCACAAAUGCCCCUUCAACUGGUAUCGGUACUAAUGCUUCUACGCCAGAAUCUGAUCCUGUGAUCAAGUACCUUAACCAAAUACUGCUUGAGGAUGAUGAGAAUGAUCAGAGCACAUCUUAUGAUCCCAUUGCGCUUCGAGCUGCUGAGGAUUCCUUUUAUGAAGCUCUACAUCAGAACCCAUCACCCUCUAAUCAAGAACCUGUUUUUUCCAACAACAGUUCUGAGCGCUCCAGUGAUUACAGGACAAAUGGAAGCACCAUUAGUAUGAGCUAUGACACCGUUCCCCUGUGUAAUGUUGACCCAGGAGGAUCAAAACUAUCUCUGGCCAGCGUUCAUCUUGACUUAUUGACUACGCCGGAUAGGAAAAAUAGAUCUUUGCAUUGCUUGGAUAACAUUGAGAAAUCUGAAACAAACUCUUUCAUAGUUGCGAAUUCGGUUCCAUAUAAAUUAAGUUAUGCUAAUGAGUUCACCCUGCAAUUCAAUAGAGGCAAGGAGGAAGGCACAAGGUUCUUUCCGGCUUGUAGUCAGUUGGUUCUUGAUACAGGUAAGGCUAAAGGAAAGAAGCAUCACUUCCAAGAUGAUGAUUGUGAGCCAAGGGAAGAAAGGAGCAGUAAGCAUUCCGCAGUUUAUGAGGAUGCAGUUGAGUUAUCAGAGGUGUUUGAUAAGGUUUUUCUGUGCACUGACAAUACGGAUUCUCCAUCUGGAGUUCGAAAGGGUACCCAAUGGAAAGGGCGGGGUAAUGGGAGAAGACAUUCAAAGAACCGAGGAGACAGUUGUGAAGUUGUGGAUCUGCAUUCUCUUUUAGUCAGCUGUGCACAAUCUAUUGCUGCUGUUGAUCACGGGACGACAAAAGAGCUAUUGAAAGGGAUCAGGCAGAACUCAUCACCUACUGGCAAUGCAUACCAAAGGAUGGCUCAUGCAUUUGCAAAUGCUCUUGAGGCUCGGCUUAAUGGAACUGGUACACAACUAUAUACGGCCUUAACAUGGAAUAAAGAGUUCGUUUGCGAAUUGUUAAAAACCCACCUUACAUCUUGGCCUGUCAUGAGGGUUUCGAUUUUCUUUGCGAAUAAAAUGAUCUACAAUGUAGCAUCAAAAGGCAAUUCACUGCAUGUAAUAGAUUUUGGCAUUAAUUAUGGCAUCCAGUGGCCCACUCUUAUCCGGGAUCUUUCACAAAGACCCGGUGGUCCACCUAAACUUCGAAUAACUGGUAUUGAGCUUCCCCAACCUGGUUUUCGUCCGGCACAAAUGGUUGAAGAGACUGGUAGUCGCUUGGCGAACUACUGCAAGCGUUUCGGCGUGCCAUUCCAGUACAAUGCCAUAACAAGCAAUGACUGGGAGACAAUUAAGAUUGAUGACCUGAAGAUUAUGAGUGGUGAGGUGGUUGUUGUUAACAGUCUGUUUCGUUUCCGAUACCUAUUGGAUGAGAGAGCAUUGGUUUCGCGCAGCCCCAAGGAUGAUGUUCUAAACUUAAUCAGGGAAGCAAAUCCUCAUUUAUACGUGCAAGCUACAAUGGUAGGAUCCUACAACUCUCAUUUCUUUCUAACCCGGUUCCGGGAGGCCCUCUGCUUCUACUCUGAUCUCUUUGAUUUGUCUGAUGCGACUUUACACCACCGUGAUAGAGUGAAUUUCGAGCAACGGUUUGUCUGGCGUCACAUUGUGAACAUCAUUGCAUGUGAGGGCGCAGAAAGAGUGGAGAGGCCUGAAACAUACAAGCAGUGGCAGUCGCGCAUUAUGAGGGCUGGGUUCAAGCCUCUCCCCUUGAACCCAGAACUGGUGAAGGAGUUGAGAGGCAAGAUGAAGGCAGCAUAUCACAAAGAUUUCCUGUUUGAUGAAGAUGGUCCUUGGAUACGGCAUGGAUGGAAAGGUCGGUUUCUUUGUGGUAGUGCUUGCUGGGUACCUGCGCAGCAAACGCACAAACUACGAUAGAUAGAUAGAUAGAUAGAUAUAUCGCUCUAUGCAACACAAGCUCUUUUUGAGUUAACAAAGUCUUCUCCCUCGU